AAGAACCUCUUGACAGGAAAAUUGUUGCUCCCUCAAAAACAAAACACCAAACACCACCGUGUAGCAGUAAAAAUUAAAAAAAAAUUAAUGGAUAAAAAUGUUUUAGCAUCUACCAAAAAAUCUGAUGAGAUUGAUGAUGUGGAAAGACAAUUUAAAAUUAAAGCUGCAAUUUUUCUUUCUGGGAUUUCUGGUUUGUCAGCUUUAAUAGGUUUUGGAGCUACCGUGGCAUCUGCAAGAAAACAAGAUCCAAAAUAUUUUAGUAUUGGAAUGACACCAAUGAAAGAAUUACCGGAGACUGGUGCCUCUUUGGCAUUAAGAGCCCUUGGCUGGGGCUCCUUAUAUGCAUUUGUUGGAUGUGGAGUUUUAUUUUACAGUAUAUGGAAGAUAUCUGGUGCAAAUAAUAUGCAAGAAUUUAGAUACAAAAUGGGAUCUGUACUACCAACCAUUCCUAAAAACACCCCGCCUCAAGGAAGGACUGAAUUUAGUGGUUUAAAUGAUCUUCUGGAUUAUUUACAACAUCAGCGAGGAGUCAAAGACAAAUAGUGUAAACUUAGUUUUUAAAAACAAUAUUUUUUUUAUUUAUUUAAAAGUGAGAAUGGUGGAAAACAAUUACAUAUAGUUCAUUGAUAUAUUUUCUGUAUAUAUUUCCUGAAAAGAG